UGGCAACGUUGACAACGUAGCAACCAGAGCCUGCCAGCCGGGUGAUCUGACCAGUAUCCCCAGUAUGUCUAGUAUCACAUCGACGUUGUGAAGUUAAACUACCACCCACAACAUCUUCAGUAGUCUAAUCGUCGUCCAACAGGUGUCAGUCUGUCCUUCCUGGGGGUGUGAGUGUCCACGUGUACAGGAAGAAACCAGCUGCUGUUGACAGCUUUUGAGCUAAGGAAGGUUGUUUGUAUGACGACAGGUUUUGACUCAGCCUAAGAGAUUUCAUACGUUCACAUCCGGGAUAGAUCGCUGCUUGGCAGGAUGUCUGUCUUAAGCCAGGUGUGGUGCAGGAGUCUCCUGUUGUGCUCCCUGCUCUGCUCUGCGCUCAUCCAAUUACAUGCACGGCCUGCCAACAUGUCCGCGUUGAGGGAGAAGAACGCCAACACUAAAGAUGAAAACGAGAUCCUGCCCCCAGACCACCUGAAUGGGUUGAAGAUGGAGAUGGAUGGACACCUGAACAAGGAUUUCCACCAGGAGGUGUUCCUUGGUAAAGAGAUGGAGGAGUUUGACGAGGAUUCAGAGCCGAGACGAAACCGAAAGAAACUAAUUGACAUCUUUACCAAGGUGGAUUUCAACGAGGACAAGAGUGUCAGCGCCAAGGAAAUGCAGAGAUGGAUCAUGGAGAAAACCAAGGAGCACUUCCAAGAGGCCGUCAGGGAGAACAAGCUCAGCUUCAGGGCAGUGGACCCUGACAGAGACGGUCAUGUCACAUGGGACGAGUACAGAGUCAAGUUUCUGGCCAGCAAGGGACUCAAUGAAAAGGAAGUUGCGGAGAAGAUAAAGAACAACGAAGAUCUCAAGGUGGACGAGGAGACUCAGGAGGUUCUGGAGAGCCUCAAAGACCGCUGGUUCCAGGCCGACAGCCCUCCGGCCGACCAGCUGCUCAAUGAGGAGGAGUUCCUCUCCUUCCUCCAUCCGGAGCACAGCCGGGGCAUGCUCAAGUACAUGGUGAAGGAGAUCGUCCGCGACCUGGACCAGGACGGCGAUACGAAGCUGACGCUGUCGGAGUUCAUCUCCCUGCCCGUGGGCACGGUGGAGAACCAGCAGGCGCAGGACAUCGACGACGACUGGGUCCGCGAGAGGAAGAAGGAGUUCCUGGAGGUCAUCGACGCCGACGGAAACGCCAUUGUUACGAUGGAGGAACUGGAAGAGUACAUGGACCCCAUGAACGAGUACAAUGCGCUCAAUGAGGCCAAGCAGAUGAUCGCGGUGGCGGACGAAAACCAGAACCAGAACCUGGAGCUUGAGGAGAUCCUGAAGUACAGUGAAUACUUCACCGGCAGCAAGCUCAUGGACUACGCCAGGAACGUUCACGAGGAGUUCUGAACAUCAGGCCUGCCGUAACAGCCCCCCCCCAUUCCCUCUUGAACUGCACUACUCAGUGUGGGGGGCGGCUAACUAACUCAUACUCUGUUCUAUGUUCAAUCAUGUGCUUGAAGCCUCCCCCCCCCCC